AUGGGGGGCAAGUCUGCUACCAAGGCCGCUUACUUCGAGAAGCUUAAGAACCUUCUCGAUGAGUACAAGACCGUCUUCAUUGUCGGUGUCGACAAUGUCAGCUCUCAGCAGAUGCACGAGAUCCGUGUCUCCCUCCGUGGUGAGGCUGUUGUCCUGAUGGGCAAGAACACCAUGGUUCGCCGUGCCAUCAAGGGCUUCGUCACCGACAACCCGGAGUACGAGCGUCUGCUUCCUUUCGUCAAGGGCAACGUUGGUUUCAUUUUCACCAACGGCGAUCUUAAGGACGUCAAGAGCAAGAUUCUGGCCAACCGUGUCGCUGCUCCCGCUCGUGCUGGUGCCAUCGCUCCCGAUGAUGUCUGGGUUCCCGCUGGUAACACCGGUAUGGAACCCGGUAAGACCUCUUUCUUCCAGGCUCUCGGUGUCCCCACCAAGAUUGCUCGUGGUACCAUCGAAAUUACCACCGAUCUGAAGCUCGUUGAGGCUGGUUCCAAGGUCGGCCCCUCCGAGGCUACCCUGCUGAACAUGCUGAACAUCUCUCCCUUCACCUACGGUAUGACCAUUACCCAGGUGUACGAUGAUGGCCAGUGCUUCAGCUCCGAUGUCCUUGACAUCGAGGAGUCUCAGCUCCUUGCUACCUUCACCAGCGCCAUCCAGACCAUCACCACCGUCUCCCUGGCCCUGAACUACCCCACUCUGCCCUCCGUCAUCCACUCUCUCGUCAACGGCUACAAGAAGGUUCUGGCCGUUGCCGUCGAGACCGACUACAGCUGGCCCGAGAUUGAGGAGCUCAAGGACCGUAUCGCCAACCCUGACGCUUACGCCUCCGCUGCUCCUGCCGCUGCCGCUGCCCCUGCUGCCGGCGGUGCUGCUCCCGCUGCUGAGGAGAAGGAGGAGGAGGAGGAGGCGUCCGAUGAGGACAUGGGCUUCGGUCUCUUCGACUAA